AAAAACCAGUUACUUCCGCCUCACAACAAUUGCUAAUAAAGUCACCCCUCUCAUGCUCUCUUUUCUCUCUCCAGAAAAAUUUCUUGUAUUUUUUUUUUAAAUCAGAAUUAUGGGAAGCAUAAAUAUGGCUCCUUGUGUCUGCACCUGUAUUUGUCGAAGUUUUCUUCUUCUUGUAACUCUUCUUCUCCUCCUUCCUCAGACUAUGCAAUAUAUAGCUGCCUUAAAACUAUCGAACUUCCUUAAAACCUUCAAAAAGUGUUACAGGAAUUAGGAUUGGUAAGGUGGGUUAACAGAGUUUGAUUUCAGGUCAGCAGUGAAGUCUCAAUUGACCAGUAAUGACUUAUUGGCUUCAGACCAUAACAUCGUUGAGAUAAUAACCACAUUCACUGAGUUAAUUCCAGCCUUGUCAAGUACCUUUCUGGCUUUUGGGCUGCUGCCAACUGAUGAUUCUGUAUGCAUUUGUGCAAAACAAAAGCUCAAUCUAAGUCAUGCAGAAGGGAUAGAUUGCAUCUUCUUCUGGCUCUUUUGGUAACCUAUAUUUCUAUCAUUAGCUUCUGAGGAAUCAUUCCAUACUUGCCAUCUUCCAUCUCCAAUACUGCACUUGGCAAUCCUUUUUCUCUAUGCAAGAUGGGAAUCCCAUCAGCUAGACAGGGUGGAAAUGUGAGAACCUUUUUGCAUUGAGUUACUGCACUAUUGAUAUACCUGUCUCUGUCAUCUUGUGUGAGUUGCAUAUCGAUUAUGUCGGAGGGUGUUGUCUGAACUGGAAAUGCUUAAGAGAACUAGACUAUAUAUGGCCGUAUGCCUUUAAGAAGACUUUCUAUGAUGGAGCUUACACCUAUCCACAGCAUUGGAAGUAAAAGUUCUGUGGGGAGGAUUCAGCAUGAAUUCUGGCCACUUGGGGAGAUUGAUCCAAAAAAUUCAAAGUUCCCCUGUUGUAUAGUUUGGACGCCCCUCCCAGUUGUCUCAUGGCUGGCACCUUUUAUCGGACAGGUUGGCAUAUGCAUGGAGGAUGGUACUAUUCUAGAUUUUUCUGGAUCCAACUUUGUGAAUGUCAAUGACUUUGCAUUUGGCUCCGUAGCCAGAUACCUUCAAUUAGACAGAGAGCAGUGCUGCUUCCCUCCAAACCUUGCGGGGCACAUGUGUAAGCAUGGUUACAAACAUGCCGAGAAUGGGACAGCUAUCACAUGGGAUGACGCUCUCCAAUCAAGCAUGCGUCACUUUGAGCACAAGUCAUACAACCUUUUUACAUGCAAUUGUUACUCAUUUGUUGCUUAUUGUCUGAACCGGCUCUGCUACAGGGGUUCAAUGCAAUGGAACAUGAUUAAGGUUGCAGCUCUGAUAUUGUUUAAAGGGCAUUGGGUUGAUGUCCUGUCAGUUUUAAGGUCAUUUUUACCUUUUGUGGCAGUGAUGUGCCUGGGUGUUGUGGUGGUGGGAUGGCCUUUUCUCGUUGCAAUGUUUUCUUUUGCCCUUCUCCUUAUUGGAUGGUACAUUUUGGCUAAUUACUGCCUUAACAAUGUAUUGGAGAGCUAGCUGGUGCGGCGCUCGGGAGAUCUUGUUCUUGCCUGAUGUAAUGUGAAGUACCUUCUAUUGAAAGUUUGAAGUAGUACUAGUUUUUGUUCGAUAACUUGUGAUUAAUCAAAGAAUUCACAUUGGUCUUAGCAAAUCCAGUGCCAGCCAUUUUAUA